AGCAGCGCGGCCAGCCAGCGAGACUGGGGAGAGAGCGAGUGACCGCCGCUCCGAUCAAGGGAGCAUGCCAUCCGAUGGGCUGCCGGAGGAGCUGCUGCGGUCCGGCACAGACGAUGCGAUCGAGGCGGCUCUCGUGCAGCUUCUUCGCAGACUCACACAGGCAGACAGCGCAGCGCAGCCAGCGCCAGCAUCGACAGCCCGCACAGAUGAGACCUCUCAAUCGUCGGCACGGCAGGCUUGGACAGAUGCGCUCCUGCUUCUCCUCGAGCAGGCACUCGAAGACGCACGAGCGACGCCCGUCUCAGUCGAACGACCACUCGAUCGUCUGCCCGGCCUGCUCGCCCGCACCGUCAUAGCUUGCGAGAUGACCGACUUCGCAGCCAGCUCGGCCGGCCAGGCGCUCGUCGAUGUCGUCUGUACACUCGACCAUCUCCUCGAGAGCGCGCUCGCACGACAAAAGAGCUACAUGGCACGACCAGAGAAUGCCAUCGACCUCGAGGGGACAGCACAGGCCCAGUCGAGCAGCACGAUCUACGCUGCAGACAAGGCUCAGCUCGCUAGGCUGACCCGCCAGUGUCUCGACGCGUCUCUGAUCUCGCUCGAUGCACUCAAGCUGUCGACCGACAGUGCUGCCAAGGAAAACCUGCUCAACUCGAGUGGCCUGUUUGACUCUGCUCAGCAGCUGCUCUGGGCACGCGCAGAGACUCGCUUGCGGACUACACUGCUAUACAAGCAGAAAAAGUUCAAUCUACUGCGAGAGGAAUCGGAAGGCUACGCCAAGCUCGUCGUCGAGCUCACCGAGUCCAUGGGUCCUCCAGCAGACUCGCAGACAGCCAGUCCGACCGAAUCAGCAUCCGAAAUGCUCGCUCGCGCAAGGACAGUCACUCGCAAUGUCCAAGGUCUCAUCGGCUUCUUUGAUCUCGAUCCCAACCGCACUCUUGACGUCAUGCUCGAUGUCUUUGGCGACAACCUCGUCCAUCAUUCAGACUUCUUUCGCGCCUUGCUCAAGCUGUCGCCUUGGCAUACACAUGCUGCUCAAUAUCACGAUGAGCCACCGCCGCAGAAUGUGCCGUCCGUGGCAAAGACUCCGCUGCGACCCAAGGGCUCUGCCCUCUGCGCACAGCUGAUGGGCUUCAAAUUUCAAUACUAUCAGUCGCCCUUGGCACCUUCAGACCCGCCGGAGCGCCUCUACAUGCUUACAGCAAUCUUGAUCAAGGACGGCAUCAUCAGACUCGCAGAUUUAUACCCAUACCUCUCGCCGGACAUGUCUGCUGCCGAUAAGAUGCGCUCCGACUACGAAAAUGCCUUACUUGACCGCGUAGACGCUGCCAAGUCGAAUGCGCUUGCGACUGCUGCGGCACUGGUGGACGACGCUCUUCCAUCGAGGUCGAAUGAUGCAAACAGCAAAGAUGCGGCAAUUGUAACGCCUGUCGCGCUUCCCGUCCGCGAGCCGCCAAAUGAAAAGCUUGGGCUACUUAGAGCGCUCUUGUCGAUCGGCUGUCUGGAAGAGGGUUUAUUCAUCCUCGCCGACUGGCCCCUGUUCAUCAACGCGCAUCCCGAUGUCGCAGAUCUACUUCUACGUAUCAUGGACUACCUCGUAAUGCCGGCCUAUCGCAGCUUGCCACUGCAAGCGAACAGAGUUGAUCGAUCAGCAUCGCUGGCAACGCCAAAGUCUCGAUAUUCGCUAAGUGAGCGCAGAUUGAUCCCACCUCAUGGCCUGGUCAGCUACGCUCUCUCGGUGAGAGCCAUCAACAAUCCGCCGAAACCUGGGCAAGAAUCUGUGUUCUUCAUGCCAGAUUGGUCGAAGAUGCUGCGGCAAGCUGCAUCUGCUGAAAAUGUCCUUGAUACUCUCUGGGAUCUCCUCAAGCUCGUUGGCAUCCAGCUAGGGCGACAUCUGACCUUUGCAACGCGUCUCUGCCGGAUCGCUCGGUAUUGCCUGACUCACGAAAACAGCAUGAGUGAAGCGCCCCGUGCGCAAUGGCUAACGGUUAUCCGAACCAGCCUGCUGCCCGCGCUCGCGUUAUCGGACACCAAUCAAGCAUUCGUGGCAGAGGUCUGGAUGGUCCUGCAAGUCUUCUCGUACGAGCAACGUUUUAGCUUCUAUGGCGAAUGGCGCGAUCGAUCUUACAAGACGAUUCUCGAGCUCAGAGUCAAGCGAGCAGAAGCAGAAUCGCAGACCAAAGCUCUGCUCAGGCGUCUAUCGACCGAGAAUGUCAAGCAAUUCGGGCGCAGUCUCGCCAAAUUAGCGCACUCGUCUGCCUGUAUCUUGUUUCCGAUAGCGCUGGGGCAAGUCCAAUCUUACGAUAACCUAAUCGCGCCCGUUGUCGACGCAACGCGGUACAUGACCGAUCUCGAGUACGAUGUGCUCACCUUUUCACUGAUCGAUGCCUUGGCGGACCCACUCAAAGCUCGCACAAAGACAGAUGGAACGAACGUUUCUCUUUGGCUGCAAGGCUUGGCCAACUUUACAGGCAACUUAUAUAAGAAAUGGAGCCGAUGUGAUCCGGCUCCAGUAUUACGCUACAUCGCCUGUCAGCUAGGCGAAGGCAAUCCGAAAGACCUCAUCAUCCUGCGCGAGAUGGUUACGCAAAUGACAGGCAUCGAAACCCAGCUUGAUUUGACAGACGGACAAGUAGUUGCGCUGGGUGGCGGGCCGCGACUACGACAGGAAGUACUGCAGCCCUCGACAUUGACUGUCACACGCACAGCGCCCAAGCGUAGCGCGACGAGGCUCUUGCGCACUUUGCAAAGCCACCGGCUGGAUCUAGUCAUGAUGCUCCAUAUCGCUUUGCAACGGCAAGCCUGCAUUUAUGGCGAAGGCAAUGACUCGGCGCAUCUGAAAUAUCUAGGCAGCCUCUUCGACCAAUGUCAUACUGUCUUACUGCAGUAUGCAGAAUUCCUGCAAACCCAAUUGAACGAGGCUGAAUAUGCAGAGCUCCUGCCAUCCCUCGACGCACUCGUCGGCACAUUCGACAUUGAUAUGAGCAUGGCGCUGAGCCUCUUGCGACCCAAACUUACCCAUCUACUCGCGCUUGCAGCCCCUCGCCUCCCGGAGGUUGCGGCAGACGUGUCCAUGCAGCUCGAGGAAAGCUCGACAUCUGUCGCGCCGGUCGUCAACGGCGAUACCGCCGAAGGUUUGACGACGCCUUUGUCUGCGGGCAAGACAUUGGAUCAGACUAACGACGACGCCACCAUGGCAGAUGCGGACAAUGCCUCUGUGUCCGUCAACAGUAUACCGGCGAUUGCUGAGCCCAGCGAGGCCAUAUGGCAGGAGUCUUUGCAGCCAUUCAUUCUUGAAGCGGAAAGGCACCUACCGCGCACAGCCAAAGCAUUUUUUGCGCCUGGCUUCUAUGUGACGUUCUGGCAGCUGUCGAUGUUCGAUAUCAUUGUGCCAACUGCGUCAUAUGAGCGGGAAAUAACUCGAUUAAGCACAAUGGGCAAUGAUGCCGAGCCCAAGACGCAAGCCAGACUGACAGAAAUCGCGAACGGUUUACUGGCAGAGGUUGGCGAGCAGAAUGCCUGGCGAAAAAGGACUAUGAAGCGUCUCAACACCGAGAAGGAUCACUGGUUCAAAUCUAUGCACAAACGGCAGAAGAGCCAGACCGCGCAUCAACUCAUGCAGAUGUGCAUCUUGCCUCGCGCUCGCAUGUCACCUAUCGACGCCGUUUUCUGCGCACAGUUCAUCCGCACCGCGCAUUCGCUUGGAUCACGACAAUUCCCAACGCUAUCGCUGUACGAUCGAAUAUUCGGUGAGUGGCUUGCUGGCGAGAUCUGGACGUGCACAGAGUACGAGGUCCGCAAUUACUCGCGAUUCCUCGCAGAAGUCCUCGGAACGCUAAGCAAUUGGUUUCGCGAUGCAAACCUUUUCGCAAAAGAAGCAACGGGCACGGAUCUGCCCGAGGAUCGGAAGAUUACUGGUUUUGACCUCCAUCCUGGCAAGCCUUUGCCGCACAACGAUUUUCGCACAGUCUUCAACAAAUGGCAGAAUCGAAUUCAGAGCAGCUGCAAAGCUUGCUUGCUCUCGGGUGACUAUAUGCGCAUUCGAAACGCACUCAUUGUACUGAACAAAUUGUCGCCUUCAUUCCCAUACAACCUCAAUCUCUGCCAACUCAUGCUUGCAGAUGUCACUGAAUUGUCGAAGACAGAGACCAGAGAGGACUUGAAGAUUCAAGCAGCUGGGUAUUCUGCCGUUCUUCAGAAAGCCCAACAGAUAAUGUCCUCUCGAGAGGCAAAGGCGCCAAUCCCCGUGCGGCCUGCUGCUACGCCGCAACCCCCAAUUAGCGGCACACCGUCAGCUCAGAACACGGUUGCGAUGACCGCUGGUCUGUCAAGUGAAAGCCGAGCUGACGAGUUCGCCAAGCCGGCAGUCUCAGGCGACAUGCAAGCAAGCGUUGCGAUGCCCAGCGUCGAACAACGUGCUGUCAACGGAAAGGCAACAGACCCUGCAGACGACCGGAGCACGCCAUUUUCACAGCUGACAGACAGUGCCGAUCCAAGUAGAUCACAGCCUGUUUCAGCGACAUCCGAGAAGGCCUCCUACAUGCCUCGCGACCGCGAAGCUGCCCUCAGGAAAGCUUCCGAAAACAUGGGUAACGCUCGGACUGGCAGGGCAGCACCUGAUAAUGGCCUGCCAAAUGGAUCAGGCGCGCCACAGGAGGACGCAAAGCAAGACCGCGCGAGCUACAAUGGCACGCCGGGCACAUCUUCACGCGCAGCUUCGCCACGAAGUACUCACGGCGACAACACUGUUCGAGCCGUGCCCACAGGCCCUCGUCAUAGCCGCACUGAGUCGGACGCUGCCAGUGAGGCUUCCUAUGCCAGGGCGCGAUCGAGCCGGCAGCCUCCCGCUGCUCCGGCGGAGCCUGGCAAACAUGAGCGUGCACGAUUGGGUCAGGAUGAAAUCAAGCCGGCUGAGCCAUCGAGCCGGGCGCAAUACAUCAGCAACGGGCGCAGCGGCAUGCACAGGUCGGCCGCUGAUGGUGACUUUGACAGUCAACGCAAUGGCGCGUCAAAGUCAAGUCGUACGGAUUGGGACAGUGAUCGCGAUAGAGCCCGACGACGUGGUAGAGACCUGGAAGCAGACGACGGACGACAUGCUUCCGCUUCAUCGACGUAUCGCCGUCCUGCUAGCCGGGACGAUCGACAGCGUGAUGCUGACGAUGGUGAGCCACCGCCGCCCGACAAGCGUCAGAGGAUGAGCGAGCUCGCCGCACGUCAACAAGAGUUACGUAGCUCACGUCGUGUUGAUUCGGCACGCGACUCGCCAAAAGAACGCAGUGACCGCGACAUAGAAGCGUCCACAGCAAACGCUGCAGCCGAACGCGAGCCGGGCAGAGUAUCAAUAAGAGGGCAGGCCACCAACCGCAUUGCAGCACCGCUCUUCCCGCCGACAAGCUUAGCCGAUGCGAGCGGUCAAUCACGUCCAGAUCGAUCUGCUUCAUCUCGAAGAGUCAGUGAACAGUCCGCGCGCUCUCAGCGACGCGCUACACCGACAGAGCGAGCUAGCAACUCAGAAAGCAAUGCGUUGCGACUGAACGACCGGCUUUCGGAGCCCGGUCAGACUACUUCGCGUACGUCUAGGCUACACUCGAGAUCACCGACAAACGACUCCGCAAGGCGUACAAGACGACGCGCCUAGGCAAUGGCGCCUAAGAAGUGACAG